UUUAAUUAGCCGGCUGGCCAGGCCUGCCGGCUGCUCCCUUAUAUAUGCACCUUCAUAUCCCACAGCAUUAUUCAUUCUCUUCACACCUCUACUUAUGGACUGAAAGGUCGUAAACAACUUAAACUUCGUUUUGUUAGUAAAAAGAAAUAUUUACCUCUAUACCUGAGAUCAGAGAGUUUUAACUGUUAAUAGAAAUGAGGCAACCGAGAAGGUAUUCAGGAUUGACGAUGUGUGGCGGCAUAUCAGGGAGAACUGGGCCCCACUCGCUACCGUUGGCGAGGAUCAAGAAGAUCAUGAAGAACUCUGGGGAGGAUGUGAAGAUGAUAUCUGGGGAGGCUCCAAUUGUGUUCUCAAAGGCAUGUGAGAUGUUCAUAGAGGAGCUCACUCGGAGGUCUUGGAUGACCACCCUCGAAGGGAAGAGGAGGACAGUGCACAAAGACGAUGUAGCGUCGGCUGUCGUAGCCACUGAUAUCUUCGAUUUUCUUGUCAGUUUGGUUUCGGGGUCGUGCUGUUCUGAAGACAUCACACCGGUGGAAAUUGAAACAUUGGAGAAGUCAUAGUUCAUCUCUAUCACAAAUUCCCAAGAGUGUGUGUAUGUGUACAUACAUUUCAAUAUAUAAUAGUAUAUAAAUGUUUCUUGUGGUAAUUUUUUUUUUCAGUUUAAUAAAAUUUCACCUUACUCGAAGUUUCUUACGCAUAUAAAAAGCUAUAUUGAAUAUGUAAAUUGGUAACACCAUGUGGAAAAAAUUUCUUGUAAUUC